CUUCCUAGUUGAUAUUGUUAAUUACUGGGACGCUAUUCCUGGUGCAAGAACGUUAGUUUCGGUUCUACAUGCUGGAUGUCACAACUCUCAAUAUGCUGUCCGUGUUACUUAUCCAAGCAACUGUGCUGUUGACUGUUACAGCUCAAAAGAACCUUACGCCAUUUGGAACGCCUACACAAAGCUCACAGAUUAGCACAGCUGGACCAACCAAUGCCAUUAACCCACCAAUAACGAAUAAAUUUGGUUGGUACGAUUGUACACACACACAGACAGGUCGAACUGAGGCUUGGUGGAUGUUUGAAUUUUUCGAGUCCUCAUACAUAACAGAAAUAACGUUAUACUACAGAAAUCUUGAUUAUCGGAUGGAUGGAUUUAAAUUAUAUGUGACCAACACAUCAACUAUUCCACCUGUUAGUUAUCUCUGUUAUGAAGAUCCUGAUCCCGGUCUCCCAAACAUCACUCAGACAAUACCUUGUAAUCAACUUGGAAAAUAUGUCAUUUAUUACGAUGAUAAAGGAGAUGCAAACAACGGACCUAUUGUUGAAUUAUGUUACGUUGCCAUUAACGGAUGCCCAAAGAGUCGCUGGGGUAGUACUUGUGAAGAAUUUUGUGCGUAUUGCAUUGAGCAAAGUUGUAUUCCUGAAAACGGUUCUUGUGUCUGGGGUUGUGACACAAAACACUGUUUAAAUGGUGUUUGCGAUAAACAUUCUGCAGUUUGUACCGAUGGUUGUAAAGAAAGACGCACAGGAAGCUAUUGUGACAAGUAUAACAUAGCAUUUGACGGUUUAGUCUCGCAGCAUCCAAGUGGUAGUCAACUGGCCAAUCUAGCAAUUGAUGGAAAAAGAGCAUCAUGUUCCAAAACAAAAGGAUCUAGUGUAACAUUUCAAGUUGACCUUAAAGACAAAAGUAUCGUAAGAGGAUUGUUUAUCCUUCUCGGUGAAGGUACAACAAAAGAGGGUCAUCAUAUCUUGUACGGUUCAAAUAACAGCAAUACCUGGAAUAGUGGAACAGUUUUGUACAAUGAGACAUAUGUGCCUACUGAGAUCAACUUUACAGCUUUUUUCAGAUUCUUUACUUAUGUACCUCCAGUUCAUAAUCUAUUUACUGAACUUGAACUAUGUGAAAUUGGGAUUAUUGGUUGUCCUCCUACACACUAUGGACCUUUCUGUAAUACCACGUGUCCACAAAACUGUAAUGGACCAUGUGACCUUGAUGUCGGGAAUUGUAUAUUUGGUUGUAUAGAUGGAUGGACUGGGAGUAGAUGUGAAAAAGAAUGCAAUGCUGGUUUUUACGGCAACGGAUGUCUUGAACCAUGUUCAGCAAACUGUAUGAAUCCACAAUGUAAUCAUGUGACAGGAGAAUGCAUCGGUGGAUGCAAGGAUGGAUUGCAGGGAUUCAAUUGUUCACAAACUUGUCCUAACGGUCAAUUUGGGAAUAACUGUUCUAAGUUUUGUGAUGGAUGUAUAUCAAGAUUGUGUGAUCAUGCUAGUGGAAUGUGUGAAAACAAAACCAGCUGUAACCCUGGUUAUAGAAACUCUGACCAUUGCAACAUAAUGUGUGCCGAUGGGGAAUUUGGUGUUGAUUGUGUAAAGAAAUGUUUCUGUCUAACCGAACCUUGCAGUAAAGUAAACGGAAUAUGUCCAUCUGGAGGUUGUAAAGAAGGAUUGCAUGGUGAAUCAUGUAGCAAAGGAUGUGACAAUGGUAAAUUCGGUCGAAAUUGUGCAGAAUUCUGUGACGGAUGUAUAUUUAAUUUAUGUGAUAAAAAAAAUGGAUUAUGUGAAAACACGACUGGAUGUGAACCUGGUUAUCUAUACGAUGAAUACUGCAACAAUACAUGUGACGAUGGAUAUUUCGGGGCAAACUGCACAAGCAGGUGUAAUUGUUUGAAUGGAAUGUGCUUAAAAUCAACAGGAAAAUGUGAAGAUGGAUCUAAAUCCCCAGUUAAAGGUUCGUCUAACGUGGCCGCGAUAGGUGGAGGUGUUGCAGCUGUAAUAAUCGUUGUGCUUAUAAUGGUGGCAGCAUUUAUCUUUUACAAACGCAGCUUAAUAUCAACAAGAGAGAGAUAUGUUGACCGGACAAAAUCAAGCGAUAAGACCACUUUCGGUAGACAGAAGGAAACCAGUAAUGAAAAUGAAUACGCAAAUGUUAAUAUCGUUACAAAAGUAGAUGAGGAAGAGGUUACUUUUACCAUAAAAGACGGAGAAGAUCUCGAAUUUCAAAUAGACGACAAUGGGGUUGAAAACGAAUACUUUAAUGUUAACAGUGAACAUGACGUUUCUAAGUACAGUAUACUGAUUGAAGAUCUAAAGGAAGCUAUAAAUGAGAAACAAAAAGACGAAGGUUUCAAGAAAGAGUAUGAGAUGUUUCCUAGAGGGCUUGUGUAUGCUCAUGUUGAAGGUUCAAAAGAAGAAAAUAAAAUUAAAAACCGUUUUCUCUCAACAUGGCCGUAUGACCAUUCACGAGUUAUUCUGAACGGAAACACUAAGAAUGAUUAUAUAAAUGCUAGUUACAUUGAUAACUAUGAAAUUAAAAAGGCAUACAUAGCAGCACAAGGUCCUAAAAAGAAUACAGUGAGAGAUUUCUGGCAUAUGAUCUGGAAGGAAAAUGUUAGGAAAAUAGUGAUGGUAACACAGCUUAUAGAAAAUCAAAAGAGAAAAUGUGAACAAUAUUGGCCUGAAACACUGUCUGAACCACUGGUAGUAAACAACUUCAAAGUUACAAUGACGAAAGAAAAGGAACACACAUUUUAUGUGUACAGGUUAUUAACAGUAUCGCUCAAAAACGCUACGAAUGGACAGGAAAGAAAAAUUCACCAUUUUCAUUUCAUGCAAUGGCCAGACCAUGGUGUUCCUGACAGCAUAAAACUGGUCGACUUUUACAGGAAAGUCAAAAGUGAAAAAUGUAACCAAAAUGGACCAAUGGCUGUACACUGCAGCGCUGGAGUUGGAAGGACCGGGACAUUUAUAGCUAUAGAUGCAUUAUAUGAGCAUGGAAAGAAAGUUGGUUAUGUAAAUGUUAUGGAAUAUAUAGAGAUGAUGAGGAAAGACAGAAUGAAUAUGGUUCAAACAUACGAACAAUAUGAGACUGUCUUUGAAGCCUUGUUAGAACUGUUUACAGUACAAAAAACGUCUAUUCCGACGAAUAAUUUCUGUCAAUAUAUUUUGGACCAAGAACAGAAGACCAUACCACGAAAUCAGAAGAUGUAUAAAGUAGAAUUUCAGAGAUUGCAAACCUUACGACCCAUGUAUCCUCCAUCAGUAUUUGCUGCUGCAACAUUAAAAGAAAAUAUAUCGAAAAAUUCAGCAAAGAAAAUAUUUCCACAUGACAGAUAUAGACCGUAUCUUAUGUCAUAUGGUAAAACACGUAAUGACUACAUCAACGCAGUGAUAAUACCAGGAUAUGCAGAUAAGAGUAAAUUUCUUGUAACACAAUGUCCUCUGCAAGAGACUGUUGUUGAUUUCUGGACAAUGGUAUAUGACCAUGACUCAAAAAUUGUUGUAUUGUUAGAUCAGUUGAACAAGAAUGGUCAGUUGUGGUUAGGUAAAAAUGAAGUGCUGGAGUUUGAACAUUUUACCAUUUUACAAGAAAAUGCGUCCAACACCGAAGAGCUGCAGCUGACUUUACACUCUAAGAAAAAGGACCAGAGGAAAAUUACUGUUUUUACGGCAACUAAAUUGAACGUCACGAGUGAUGUAAUGCUUCCAUCAAGUAUUCUGCUAGAUCUUCUGAAAAAAGUUAAAGAUUGCUGGGAAACAGAUAAAGGAUAUAUUACUGUUGUGAGCAGCGAUGGUUGCACUAAGAUUGGGCUGUUUGUUGCACUAUAUCUUACUUUGGAAAAAAUUGAGAUAGACGAUGAAAUUGAUGUGUUUCAAGUGGUUAGAGCGAUGCAAGUUAGACGUCCUGAAUUUUUCAUGGAACUAGAGCAGUAUGAAUAUUGCUACAAGUGUGUCAAGGAAUAUUUAGAAAGAGACUCGCUGUAUGCAAAUCUUUAGUUUCGUCAGUGUUUGUUUCGUUAUAAUUAACUUUAGAACACAUAUAUUUACAUACUGAAAUGUUAUGACGAAAUAAAAGUAAGAAGUCAGAUUUUAAAGAAAACUGUAAUUACAUGUCUAUGUGGACAAAUCAAAUUGUUCGGUUUUGUAUACAUUAUUGAUUAACAUUGUCUACGAUAUAUAUCUAUGAUAUAGUUUUAAUUAAUCGGAAAACAGAUAAUAAUCAUAUUUAUUAACCGUGAUUUUGAUAUAAAUGUGUAAAACUCUAGUAUAUUCUAAGGAUAAACCUUGAACGACCUUGGAUAUAGAGAAAUUUUUCUUCAAAAAAAGUCAAAAUUCAAAAAUAUUGAGAUCAGUCAAUUUCAAAUUGGUGAUUAAAAAACUUGAGCAAAAAACUGAUGAACAUCAAAGUUAUAUUCAGUGUUGUCGGGCGAGAGGAUGCACUUCAGUUUUCACAAAUUGGGCUUUUUUUAUUAAUUGAAAUGUGUUUAUUUGAGAAUUCAAAACCAAAUAAUUAAAAAAUCUUUUAACAGAACUCAAAGUUGAUGAUUUGAAAAAUAUUGUGUCAAAAGUUUGGCUUAUUUAAGUUCCUUUUAAAAACUUUUAUAUGUAAUAAAAAUUUUCUAUCCAAAGAAAUUAAUUUUAUUGGUGGUAAGUUUCUGUUGUGAUACAAUUAUUAUAAAUGCACACAAAAUCGAUAAGUUAUCAUGUUAUAUUUCAUACAUCACUAUUUGGAUUUUUUUUUCAAUUCAUGCACUGAGUUCGGUAGUACAGUAAUGUUGGGAUUAGUUCUUAACUCUCUUCAGACCUGACGGAAUAAUCCACCAUAAAAAUGUUUUAAAGUAGAACUGUAAUAUUAUGUUUUAAAUGUUGAACUAUACAAAACAGCUCUACGGUAUAACUGUCAAAAUCUGUUCCAUGGUAAACUGUCAGGAUCUAUUCUACGUUAGAACUGUCAGAAUCAGUUCUAUGAUAGAACUGCCAUGAUUUGUUCCAGGGUAUAACUGUCAGUAUCGUGCGAUAGAAUUGUCAGAAUCUGUUCUACGAUAGAGCUAUCAGAAUUUUUUCCAGGAUAUACCUGUCAUGAUCUGUUCAGGGUAGAAUGGUAAGAAUCUGUUCUCGGGAAGUAUUGUCAGGAUUUUUCUAACAACUAUUUUAAACACUAUCAGUCGACUAUGCUGGUAUCUUAAGAUCUUAGAAAUUUUAUUCAAUCGACAUUGUUUUAAUGCAAAUACUCCUGAAUUGAAGAUAUGUAUUGAUGUAAUCGAGACUUCAUUUGUUGUUGUCACUUUUACUAUAAAGUUUUUUUAUAUAAUAUAUAAAUAUUCUCUAUUAUAUUACUGUUAUGUUAAAUUAUAUUUGUUUUGUUUAUAUACAUACUUUGUUUAUCAUUUAUUCUAUAAUACAUAGUGUGAUACUUUUUUUUAUCAAAUAAAAUACUUUGAAAAGUC